GAAGAGGAAGAGAGGGAGAGAGUAGCAUAAGAGGAGGGAGAGAGGGACAGAGUAACUGCUAUCUAGCUUAGGUAGCAGAUUCUUCGUCCAUGGCGGAGACGGCAAUAACUGCGGUGCUUUCCAAGCUUGGUGAGCUAGCGGUGAGCGAGGCCAAGAUACUGCUUCAGGUCGGCGACGACAUCAUACUACUGCGCGACCGGCUGGAGUGGCUCCAAGCCUUCGUCCGUGACGCCGACCGGAAACGCCGGGCCGGCACCGACGGGUUAACCCGCGUGUGGGUGCGCCAGACUCGCGAUGUUGCCUUCGACGCCGAGGACGCGCUCGACGACUUCUUCCACGAGGAGCUAAAAAACUUCUAAGGCUUCAUUCCUCUCCACGCUGGCGAUCUUGAAACACCAUUUUCAGCUCCUGAAUCAUCUCAUUAAUUUUCCCCGUGGUGCUCAAAACAUUUUUGGAGCCUAGGUUCUAAGCCAUAAAGCAUGGGUAUCGAGUACUCAUCAACUCAAGUCUACCAAAUGUUCAUAGCAUUUAUAGUUGAGGGAGCAGGUGGCACACCUAGCAAUGCAUCAAGAACAUCAACCUUCUGUGUAGUACUGAAGAUAACCCUCAGAUUACGGACCCAGUCCGUAUAGUUAUAUGACUCAUGUUAUAUGACUCAUGUUUAACCUUCUAUUUUUUUUCUUACGGACCUCAGAUUACAAGUUUCCAUAAAAAAAUUGAUGAUCAUUCCCAUAAAGUUUCAGAUUUUUUUAAAUCUUUUGCUAUGUUUUUAUUCGUGGGUGCACC